AUGGCAUCUCAGACUACAUUACCCUCCACCCAGACUGGCAUUAUCCAGCAUGAAGGCGGAAUUCUUCGAAUCACUCAUGGUCUGCCAAUCCCAGAGCUUGGUCCCCACCAAAUGUUGGUGAAGACUGCUGCCGUGGCUCUCAAUCCAUGUGAUUUUAAGAUGCCCUUGAGGUUUCCGACCCCGGGCCUGUGGGACGGCUGUGACUUUUCAGGCACCGUGGUUGCGUUAGGAAGCGAGGCUGCUGCACAGGGACGAUUCCGUAUUGGAGACCGGGCUUUUGGUGCCGUUCAAGGCUCAAAUAUGUCAGAUCCAACAUCUGGAGCCUAUUGCGAGUUUAUUCGAACUGAGCCGGACUUUGCUUUCCACGUUCCCAAGGGAAUGGAUCUCACCAACGCACCCUCUCUCUCCGGGACUGGAAUUGCGACACUUGGGGUUGCUCUAUUUUGGUCACUUCAAUUGCCUGGAACAUUGCUCAAGCCAGCAUCCAAAGCAGAGGAUGUUCUGGUCUACGGCGGAAGUAGCACUAUAGGACUACUUGCUAUCCAAAUGGUGAAGCUCUGCGGCCAUCGAGUAAUCACAACAUGCUCCCGUCACAACCGCGACUUGGUGACAUCCUACGGGGCAGAUCUUGUCUUUGACUACAACUCUCCAACCUGUGCGGAAGACAUUCGUGCCGCCACAAAGAACACAUUGCGCUAUGUUCUUGACCCCUUUGCGGAAGCCAAGACUCUGCGGAUGUGCUUUGCAGCGAUUGGUCGUACUGGAGGACGCUACUGUGCACUUGAGCAAUAUCAAGAAAGUCUUUGCUCCCGAAAGACAGUCAAACAUGAACUAGUCAUGGGAGGUGCCAUCUCUGGACAAGGUGUCGAGCUUCCAGAUCCAUACGGUAUUCCACCAAAACCCGAGAUCGGAGUCUGGGCUCGCUCGUGGUACGUAGAACUCCAAGAAUUGAUUGAAAAUGGGAAGCUUAAGCCCUGCCCAACUCAAACCAUUCCUGGCAGAUUUGACGGGAUUUUGGAGGGCUUGGAUAUGUUGCGAAAUGGAAAGGUUUCGGGGAAGAAGCUCGUUGUCCCUAUGAUCACAAAUUGA